CUCUCACAGCUUAGCCUGUGAUGUUGAAGAAUGUGAGUGCGUUCAGUGGCUCUUCAGUUAACUAAUCAUCUUAUUUGGCGUCGCAAAACAGGGACGACUUCAGUCAAAGAUAAAACAUCGGGAUGAAUGUGACCAGCACAUAACGAUAUGACUUAACCACUGUAGCAGGUUCGCGCAGUUUUCAAAAGAGAAAAGGAGGCUGUAGAGGAGUUGCAAGCACAUCGUGCUCACAAAUGACUGAUCCCAGCAGCAAAGUGUGCUGAUUUCCCAUGUCGACAUGCUGUAACCGAGCUAUCACGGUGCUGGAGACAGUGUCACCAUGAAGAGCUCCAGCUCCAGAUGUGCUUUCUUCCUGGGCUUCUUGGUGGGGGCUUGCAGCAUCUACUUCUUCCUCCGCCAGGUGUGGUUUGAGAGGAGCUACCCUGUGCUGUCAGAGGCUCAGGAAAAAGCCACAGCAGUGGGGGAGAGCCCAACCAGCUGGAAGAAGGAGGGAGCUGCUCUUAUCAACCUGCUCCACCCUCACCAUGCAGAUGAAGACAGUCGGAUGGCAGACAUGUUGUACCAGAAGGUACGUGUCCUCUGCUGGGUGAUGACGGGGCCAUAUAACCUGCAGAGCAGAGCUCGCCAUGUCAGGGCCACCUGGAGUCGCCACUGCAACGUGGUUGUGUUCAUGAGCUCUGUGGAAGACCCAGACUUCCCCACUGUGGGCCUGGGCACUAAGGAGGGCCGUGACCAGCUCUAUUGGAAAACCAUUCGAGCCUUCCAUUAUGUCUAUGAGCACCACGCAAAUGAAGCUGACUGGUUCUUAAAAGCAGACGAUGACACAUAUGUGGUGGUGGACAACCUGCGCUGGAUUCUGUCCAACCACACUCCUGAAGAGCCCAUCUACUUUGGCAAACGCUUCAAGCCUUACACCAAGCAAGGCUACAUGAGUGGAGGGGCAGGCUAUGUGCUGAGCAAAGAGGCCCUCAAGAGAUUUGUGGAAGGAUUUCGGACCAAAGUUUGCACACACACCACCCCUGUGGAGGACCUAGCACUGGGACAGUGUUUGGAGAAGAUGGGGGUUCUGGCUGGGGACUCCAGAGAUACUUUGCAUCGAGAAACUUUCCACCCAUUUGUGCCAGAGCACCAUUUGACGAGCAAGUUCUCCAAGAGCUUCUGGUACUGGAGCUACUGUUACUACCCAAUUGUUGAGGGUCCACAGUGCUGCUCUGACCUGGCGGUAUCUUUCCAUUAUGUAGAAGCAGAGCUGAUGUACACUCUGGAGUACUACACCUACCAUCUGAGAGCUUACGGCUACAGGCCUCGCUACCGGCCCUCCUUAGGCCAGGGUCUGAGACUCGGGCCGCUCUCGCAGCCCACCGUCACAGUAAGACUUAAAGCAGCUCAGGAGGUAACGGACGGGAGUAGUCGCAGAACUCCUGCCUUCCCUGUUAGUGGAAACCAAACUAAAGCAGAGACUGUGCCAGAGAAGGGGAAGGAAAUGAAUCAUAGCUCUGGCAUCACUGAGAUCAGGACAGCAGUCACAGAAGGCAAGCACCGCUGAUUCUGUGUCUCAGCUGGGCCUGAAUGUGCGUGAUUGUGCUGGAGAGGUGUUUUACCCCCCGCAGUAUGGCUAACUAAUGUUUUUUUCUGACAGGGCUUCCUUAAUCACUGAUCACAGUAUAUGCCAGCCAGUAAGAGACAAUAAGAGGUCACACUGUGAGUGGUAAAAAUUUGAAAAUUGAUUCAGAUAAGCAUUUGGUUUAGCUUCAUUACAUUUGACAUAAUGAGCAUUUUAAUGUGUGAAUUUCAGAUGUUACAGUCACAUGUAUGUGAUACAGGGAGAACAUAACAUAGAAUGUGAUUUUAAUGCAUCUCACAGGUACGUGAUCUGAGCCAAUAAUGCCGUGUCAUUUUAUUUCGUUUUAUAUUUUAAUUCAGCAUUUUUGAUUUUUAUUAUUUUUUUGUUUUUAUUGAAAUUGAAAACAGCAAAAAUUGAUACUGUGUCACAACUUAUGCUGUGUUCUGUUGCAUCUGAUUUUCUGGUUAUACUUUUCUGACUUUUAAUGGUUAAUAAGAUUUUUUUUUGGCUUUCUGUAACAAUAAGCAAAAUGACUUUGUUUUCAAUUUUCUUUUUAAUUUCAACUUGAACCCUGUGCAGUUAAAGAGUUAAUGGAGACUCUAAAUCCACAGCCAGCAAUGAUAUGAUGUUUGUUUCAGUACAAAAAUGAACAACCUUACUGUGAAAAUGUCUUUUCAUUUUACCUUCAGUGACAUGAGAUGCUUUGGUGUAGAUACUUGAAACCCCCUGUGCUUAUGUU